AUGUCCGCCGCACCCCUUGCUGUCGUAGCUCCCUGGAACGUAACUGAGCACGAUCAGGCAAUCAAGGACCAUCUCGACAAGGUUGAUAUCAAGUUCGGGCCUUUGGUCUGCCAAAUCGCUUUCGACUACCUCAACAUUGGCAGCUUUUCAGCACACGGCGUCCUCGUCCUCCAGAUAGAAAGCUGGGAUGGGCUUCACUACGUCACCCUUCCGCUGAAAGACGGUGAUCAAGUGAAGCGGGUGCAUAAUACAGGCUUCCAGUUGCUUGGCAAUCACGACUUUUCAGAGCUGGACAACAAACUUGUCCAUUUCAAGAUCGCAAGCGGAGCAAAGCCUGACGAUGCAAAGAACUGCGUUGUGGCUUUCUACACCACCUCAAUUACGGGCGACAUAGAAUAUCUUGCGACUGUCACCUUGACGAAUGGGCAGCACACUUGGCUGGGAUCGAGGGGCUACUGUACCUUCUUGUAUGCCCAUUCAUUCUUCCAUAUACCAGACUAUUGA